AUGUCCCCAGGUCUGGCUCUUCAUCCGAAUCGGUUCGGUCAAAAAUCCCGCAUCGAUCUCGGGCAGUCCAAGCUUGAAGCUGCUCUCACCAUCACUCCGCUCCGAGAGCCUCUCACAGAGGUAAGCCACAGCGAAGGGAGUGCCGAUUGCUUGAAUGGUCCACCGAUAGAUAAAUCGAUGCGUACGGUGGGCGCUAUUCUGAAGCGAUCGUGGCUCUGGGUGGUAGCAUCGACGGGCUGGUACACGAACGAAUGCCGUGGUGGGGGUCUUGUGGAGGAGAGCACGAGUGCAAACGCGGUUCAUGUUGCUGACGAUAUCGAUGAUAUCACCGUGGAAUGGCUGAUCUGA